UCAAAUCUCUCAAAAAUCUCUGCAUCACAUUAGUUCACAGCACUAUGUUUCUCCUCCUCUGUUUCUUUGCUUUUGCAGCCCACAAUUUUUGCCCCAACUUUUUAUGCUUCUUACCCAUGACAAAUAUGCAGACAGCUUUUGUUUCCUCAGCAUCUUCUGCAGAAAAUAAGAACGUUUUAUCCAUCUCCUGAUCCGUGAAUUUUCUCAGAGGCACAAAAUCCGCAAAUCUUGAAUAAAGUAGCUACCCUUUUGUCCUUUACAUUCCUUGAAAUGCACAAAUUUCUCUCCAUCUUCCUCUUUUAACCUCCUUGUCCAAACAAUCCUGGUCAAUGUUAAUUCUUCUUUCAAGCUCCCCAAAAUUGAAUCCUUUUCAUACCCUUUUUCAAUUCCAGAUUUAGAGGCAGAAAUCCCGUUGAUCCUCAUGUGUUCUGCAACAAGUCCUCGGAUAUCAUUUUCCCAUGAUAUGAACGAAGAUAGCAUUGUACCUAUAGAACAUGGUGAAUCUCGCAGAGAUACAAUGCUUUUGGACUCAAAUUCAGAUUUUGAGUUCAUCAUCUGCAGCAGCUUCGACCGAGAAUCCUCCUCAGCUGAUGAACUUUUUGCAAAUGGCAUGAUCCUUCCAGCAGUUGGGGCUCAACCUUCAAAACAAGUCCAAAAAUGCAAAAUCCCACCUCUAGUCUCCCUUUCUCCUCCAUUUGCUGAUCCUCCUGAAGUUGAGCAUUCAAGGAAAGAAAGCAUAAGGGAGACAGUAGCUAUCAAUUCUGAACAUUUGGAGGAAAAGCCACAGCCAAAGUCCUUCUGGGGUUUCAAGAGAAGCAGCAGUCUCAACUGUGACAUAAAGAAGAGCCUAAUCUGCUCCUUACCUCUUCUGUCCCGAAGCAAUUCAACCGGUUCUGUACCAAAUCCAAAACGGGGUCCAAUUAAGGAUGCUCAGAGGCAGAGCUUACAAAGGCAAUCAUCUUCCAGCAGUACUUAUUUAAAGCCUCCAUUGAAGAAGAAUCAAGGAAGCUCUUAUAAUAAUGGUGUUAGAAUUAGUCCUGUGUUGAAUGUCCCACCUCCUUACAUAUCUAAAGGAACUGCAAAUCUCUUUGGUUUUGCUUCCUUAUUACGCAAUGCCAAAAAUAAGAACAAGAAAUGAAUGUUUCAAACUUCCAAUGAAAUCAUCUGAGUUUUUAGCUUGUAGAUCUUUGUUGAUUGUUCAGUAUUGUUGAUUUUUGUUAAUAACAUGUAGCUUUUUCU